AUGGAGAAGAUGAAGCGCUUCAAGAGGCGGCUCUCGCAGACAUUACGAGGGAGUCACACCAUCGACGAGUCGCUUUCGGAGCUGGCUGAACAAAUGACUAUCGAGGAAAAUGGUCUUAAGGACAGUGAGCCAGCCAUGAAAAAUGGUCGCCCUCCGUCAUCCCACAGCGUCCACUCCUUUCUGCACCAGUACACGGGCUCCUUUAAGAAGCCGCCACUGCGACGGCCUCAGAGCGUCAUCGGCGGAGGCCUGGGCUCACUCAUGGUGGUGCCUCGCAACGGCAGUCGCCUCGAUAUUGUACAUGAGAACCUGAAGAUGGGGUCUGAUGGGGAGAGUGACCAAGCUUCUGGCACAUCCUCAGAUGAAGUGCAGUCGCCCUCAGGUGUCUGCCUAAGAAACCGAGGCAACCGACGCAUCUCUGCAGAGGACCUGAACAAGCGUCUGUCCCUGCCCGCCGAUAUCCGGAUACCUGACGGCUAUUUGGAGAAGUUACAGCUGAGCAGCCCGCCCUUUGAUCAGCCGCUCAGCCGACGGUCCCGCAGGGCCUCUCUGUCGGAGAUUGGAUUCGGGAAACUGGAGACCUACAUAAAAUUGGACAAACUGGGAGAGGGCACUUACGCUACAGUCUUCAAGGGGCGAAGCAAGCUGACGGACAACCUGGUGGCGCUAAAGGAGAUCAGGUUGGAGCAUGAGGAGGGGGCGCCAUGCACAGCUAUCCGAGAAGUGUCACUACUAAAGGACCUGAAGCACGCCAACAUUGUGACGCUCCACGAUAUCGUGCAUACCGAAAAGUCACUCACACUGGUCUUUGAGUACCUGGACAAAGACCUCAAGCAGUACAUGGACGACUGUGGAAACAUCCUAAGCAUGCAAAAUGUCAAGAUUUUUCUCUUCCAAAUCCUGCGAGGCUUAGCAUACUGUCAUCGGCGAAAAGUUCUCCACCGAGAUUUGAAGCCCCAAAAUUUGCUCAUUAAUGACAGGGGGGAACUUAAACUGGCCGACUUCGGUCUCGCCAGAGCCAAGUCGGUGCCAACUAAAACUUACUCCAACGAGGUGGUUACUUUGUGGUACCGGCCGCCUGACGUGUUGCUGGGUUCUUCUGAGUACUCCACACAGAUUGACAUGUGGGGCGUGGGCUGCAUUUUCUAUGAGAUGGCUGCAGGCAGGCCCCUGUUCCCCGGAUCCACGGUGGAGGACGAGCUGCACCUCAUCUUCAGGCUGCUGGGCACUCCCACAGAGGACAGCUGGCCUGGAAUCUCUUCUGUGGAGGAGUUCAAGUCCCACAAAUUCCCAAAGUACAAGACCCAGCCACUCAUCAACCACGCACCCAGACUGGACAUGGAUGGCGUCGACCUGCUGAUGUCCUUCCUCAAAUACGAGUCGAAAAAGAGGCUGUCUGCAGACGAAGCCACGAGGCAGCCAUACUUCGGGAGCCUGGGGCCUCGCAUACGCACGUUGCCAGAGAACGUCUCCAUAUUCACGUUGAAGGAGGUCCAGCUGCAAAGAGACCCCGGCUGCAGGAGCACCUCGUACUCUGAGUCAGGUAACGGGAAGAACCGAAGACAAAGCAUGCUGUUUUAG